AUGGCGGGAGCAAGUGCGCAAGCGCGCAUUGAGAUGCCUGCCUCGGCUCCGCGCGGUUGCUGGGACCUAGCCGAGGCGCCUGGAGUCCUAGCGGGGGCGGACACUGGCGUCCUGGGCCAUUCGUCCAGAGCAUCUUUGCUGGAGCGCCCCGAGCUGGCACCUGGCCAGCCCGGAGGCUCCUCCUCGGCUCGAUUGCUGCUUAGGGACCGCUGCAGGAGCGAUCCGCCUCGUAGACGCUUCAAGCACACCUGGGAAUUGAGCCCCGCGGUGUCCACGACCAUGGCGGCGAACCUUUUGGAGGACUGGUGCCGGGGGAUGGAAGCGGACAUCCACAGGUCCCUGUUGGUCACGGGCAUCCCAGAGGACUGUGGCCAAGCGGAAAUCGAGGAGACCUUGAAUGGGGUCCUUUCCCCGCUGGGCCCGUACUCCGUACUCAACAAGAUUUUUUUGAGGGAAGAAAAUGCCAAAGCUGCCCUCGUUGAGGUUGGGGAGGGUGUGAAUCUGAGGGCCAUACCCCGGGAGUUCCCAGGAAGGGGGGGCAUCUGGAGAGUGGUCUGUAGGGACCCCACCCAGGAUGCUGAGUUCUUAAAAAACCUGAAUGAAUUCCUGUACUGGGAGGAGCGCACCUUGGAGGAUGUGGUGCGCCUGCUUGAACUCAGCAGGGCCUCACCACCCCAGACCCAGAAUCGGUCCCCCGAGAACUGGGCAGAAGCUUUGGGGGUGCUUCUGGGGGCUGUGGUGCAAAUCAUCUACUAUAUGGAUGCCGAAACACGCAGCCAGGAGGAAGCUAGGGCGCAAGAGCUUGCCAAGCCCCAAGUGGUAGCAUCCUUGGCUUCAGCAGCAGGGGGGAAGGUCAAGAAGAAGCCAGGGAGGGCUGCAGAGAGGGGCAGGGGCUCUGCCUUGAAGAUGGAGAACCCGGAUGGCUGGAAUGACGUGGCAGAUGGGGGUGACGGUCCUAAAACUUUGGUUCGAAAGGCUGGAGCUCUGAUUCACUCCAGGAGGAAGAAGCAGAAAAAAACUCCCAAGCAGGAACCAGUGCCCUGGAAGAAAUCCCAAGGCAGCCAUUCCCACAGCUUGGCCUCCCUGAAGCAUCCUGCAGCUGAUGGUGGUAAAAAUAGGGAGAUGUUAGAACGUGUCAGGAGCAACAAAGAGCCAUGUGUGAAGCAGGAGGGGUAGGCUUUGAAGAAGCCCCCAGUAAAAUGUGCCUGGAAGUUUCCCAGCAACCCACCUUGUGUAGCUGCAAGCUGGGGAGUUGCCUCUGAGUCAGACCAAGAUGGUGUUCUGGAGGGCCCCCCAAAGAAGAACGCCAUGGGCUGGGCCUCGGCAAAGAGCCCUGCCCACAUGAGGAAGAAAAAGAAGGUGAGCCUGGGCCCUGUCUCUUAUGUCCCUGUCGAUUCAGAAGACCUCAGGAAGAAGCCAGAGGUUUCAAAGAAAGGGCCAGGCCUCGGCCGGGAUGCACCGGACCAGAAGGCUCCCGGGGACCCUCAGCCCCAUGAGUCACCAACCUCAGCCUCACAGGGUCCAGAGGCCAAGCCACAAGGCCCUCCUCAUGCCUCCAGUGGUGAGCAUGACAUCAGAAGUCAUUUGGGGUGUGUCAACAAGUGGAUGGAGGGGGAGGAGCAGCAGGGGAAGGCGGGGGCACAGGAACCCAAGGGGGCAGAGGGGCAGAUGGUGGGUGAGGACCCUAGUGCAGUGGAGGAAGCAGGUGAGCCACCAACUGAGGCCUCAGAGGCUGAGAGCCCUGACCCCCCGUCCUAGGAGCUCCUGAAGGCCGACACCUGGGGACACCUGUGGAGACAGGAGGUCGGAGCAAACCCACUCAGCCAUCCCUUGUAGAUAAGUGUGUCUCCGU